AUGCUUAAGGUGUUAGACUUCAAGAUACCCUGCAUCGGUUUUGGGACCUAUAAGCUAUCGGCCGAAGAUGUGGUUCCCGCCCUUAAUGCGGCAUUAGAGGCUGGCUAUCGGCACAUUGACUGCGCUCAUUUGUACCAGAACGAAGAGGCCAUUGGAAAUGCCUUAAAAGCAUGGUUUGAUAAUAAGAAGAUUGAGAGAGAGGAUUUGUUUGUAACAUCUAAGCUUUGGAAUACGUCUCAUAGACCUGACAUGGUUAAGGCCGCUUGCCUUAAAAGUUUGGAGCAACUAAAACUAUCCUAUUUGGACCUCUAUCUUGUUCACUGGCCAGUAGCCUACAAACCGAGUGAUGUAUUGGUUCCCACAGAUGAAAACGGAAAGACAAUUUUUGAUGAUGUUGAACUUGAGGCGACAUGGAAGGCGAUGGAAAACCUGGUGAGAGAGGGCUUGGUUCUUCACAUAGGCUUGUCAAACUUUAACGAAUCGCAAGUGCAACGUAUCCUCGAUUGUGCUAGCAUCAAGCCGGUUAUGCUACAAAUUGAAAGCAAUCCGCACUUUCCCAACCAGAAACUGAUAGACUUUGCCAGUUCUAGGGGGAUUCUUUCCACCGGCUUCGCUCCACUUGGCUCGCCAUAUCGUGAAGUAGGCGAUAGACCACAUCGCCUAAUCGACGAACCCUUGUUAGUGGAGAUAGGCAAGAAAUAUGGCAAGACGCCGGCUCAAGUCGCUAUUCGUCACGGAAUCCAACGCGGAAUUUGUGUUGUACCCAAAACUCGAACACCGGAGAGAGUAAAAGAGGAUUUUCAGGUUUUCGAUUUUGAACUCACAUGUGACGAGAUGAGGGAAAUCGGCACCCUUGGCAUUUACCAGCGUCAAAUUCGUGCAGACCCGAUGCGCGGUAACCCCGAGUUUCCUUUCCUCGAUCUACUCUAA